CCUCCGGUCUGAAGAAUAUAAAAUGACAGCUCAUGGCACAGCCAACGCAACCUCUCCUGGCCCUCAGCAUCACCAGUGGAAGCUCAACAAGCGCCUCCCAGCAGCUCAACAUGCCCUCUCAACUCAACCUGCUCUCUGCGGUGACGCUGGCCGCUCUGCUGCUGCACGCUUCCGGAGCUCCGGUCGAAGACACGCCCACCGACAUGCCGGCAGGUGAGCCCUCAGGUGAGGAGCAGGCGGGGCCCUCUAACCUACUGAGCGUCUCACCCGUCUGGCACGCGGUCCUUGGCGCAACCAAACGCCACCAGAAGGAGUUUGAAGAUGAAUUCCAACAUGAGUUGAAAUAUCAUUUUCUGGAGAACUACAAAGUAUCCUCCCUUCCAGCAGGCUGCCCUCUCUCCAACUUCAGCAAGGAGGCUUGUCUCCACAGAUUGGCCCACGGCCUGCGUAUUUACACAGUUCUUCUCAAGCAUGUGGAGAAGGAGUACCCCGGCAACUUGAUCUGCUCCGUGGUCAAAUACUACAGCGACCUCCUGAUCAACCUGAGCAAAGACAAGAUGAGGAACCCGGAACAGGUCACAGCACUGACCAGCAGCCAGGAGGCGCAGCUGCUGGGGGGCCUCGAUCACCUCGACGCCUUCCAGAGAAAGAUGACUGCACACAGCAUCCUACGCCAGCUCCACCACUUCCUCGUCGAUAGCAAAAGAGCAAUUACUAAAAGGGAGAAUACCAAGGCAAGAAUGGCAGACAGACUUUUGGCACCUAUCAGUUUCUAUAACCAAAAGUUUAAAGACGAGAUCAUUCAAAAACAUUUAUAAAGCACUACCUUGUGGAAAUUGGGUGGUGUUGACACUGCUGCUGUUCUCACUCUGAAGUGUUUUAUUUUAAGAGGGGAAUGAUGGCUGUCCGUUUAUUGGCAAUCUAUGAUUGUGUAAAUCUCAGAGGACUCAGGGCCUGAGUUGGCCACUAUUGUGCAACUUAUUUAACCUAUUUAUACUUGGUGAAAAGUUAUUUAUUAAUCAUAGUAAAGUCCAUGAUUGGGCGGUUCUUGCACUAAGUGCAAUUUGUACUAGUGUUUUUAUUUGUUAUUACUUGAGGAGCAUUGUUAAGACUACAUUACUUUUUAUAAUACUUUGUUUUUGAGAAGUACACAUUACAACAAUAAUUUACUGUUUACAGUAUAAUUUUGUAUCUACAUUAAAUUUGCAGUUGAAUUAAUUAUAGUGUUUUGAGCUGUGUUUUGAACGCACAUGACCAACAAGUGAUUGGAAUUAAUAUUUUGUACUCAAUAUUUUAUACUCAUGCAGAAAUAAAAAUGUAUCUAUUAAA